CACGUCAGCGAUCCAUGCCAUAUUUCAGGAUCCAAUUAUAUAUCAUUCAACGAAACGUAUAAAUUCAAAACCGAAACCCUCAAAAAUCAUCAUCAUCAUCAUCAUCUUUCAUUGCCCAGAGAAGUAUCAAUCACAAUCGAUCAAUCUCCGAUUAAUGGCACCGAAGGCAGAGAAGAAACCGGCGGAGAAAGCACCAGCACCAAAGGCGGAGAAGAAGAUCGCGAAAGAAGGAGGAACGAGCGAGAGUAUAAAGAAGAAGAAGAAGACGAAGAAGAGCACGGAGACGUACAAGAUCUACAUUUUCAAGGUAUUGAAACAGGUUCAUCCAGAUAUUGGAAUCUCUGGUAAAGCAAUGGGAAUCAUGAACAGUUUCAUCAACGACAUCUUCGAGAAACUCGCUCAGGAAUCGUCUCGUCUCGCUCGGUACAAUAAGAAACCGACGAUCACGUCUCGUGAAAUCCAAACCGCUGUGAGACUUGUUUUGCCUGGUGAAUUGGCUAAGCAUGCUGUCUCUGAAGGAACCAAAGCCGUCACCAAAUUCACAAGCUCUUAAAGAUUAGAUCUAAUUUUAUUUAUCGAAAUUAUAGAUUAUUGUUCUGUCUUUUGAUCAAAUCUUCGAUCUUUUAUGAUGAUACCUGAAUAAUAAUCCAUUGUUCAUAUGAAUUCUUUUUCGAUUAAAGCUUCGAUUUUUCUGAUUCUGUAGACCUAUUUCAUUGCUAUUCGUAAGAUUGAUAUAAGAUUAGAAUCUAUAUGAAA